AUGCCGACAGCCCAAAGGGGCAUCGAUGCCCAUUUGGAGAAAGGUUGGGCACACGCCAUCGAAAAGGAAAACAUGCUGCGCCUGAAGUGGUUCCGAACCAACGAGCGUCGCCUGAAUGAGAUUUCCAACAAACCACCAAACAGAGCUGUACCGGAAGAAGUCACUGAAAAGUACAAGGAAGCCAUUGUGGACAACUACAGGAACGUCAUCAAGAAUCCGCGGAUCAAGACCGGGGAUGCUGAUCCGUUGAUUGAUCCUAGAGCGAUGCAAGCGAUCAUGAAACCGGUCAAUCCAGCCACGACCCGGCUGAUCUACAGCGGUUCCAACAAGGACGGCAGGAAAAAUUAUCUCACCAAGCGGGUGCACCAGAUCCCUGAAGACCGGUUCUACUUCCCGGAGGUCAGCAGCUGGGCGUACGGCUGGAACAUGUGGGACGUGGUGAAGGAGACGAGGAAAACCGGUUUCGGAAGACAGCAAGUCAUCAAGGACUCCUUUUAUAGGAGAAGAGGGGUGGGGUGUGAUCCAGAGUGGUAUAAGGAGCCGGCUGUUUUCAGUCCUUCCAUUUGCAGUUGCAAUUGAAAUGAAUAAAUUUGAAGAUCUA